GGGACGAUGGAAUCCCUUUAAAUAUAAGUGACGUCUCGCUUCUUCUUCCUCUCACAGUCUCACUGCAACAACACCACUAUAACUUCAAAUACCUCAACCAAUAUAUACGCUACUCAUGGCGGACCCAACUUCUUUCCUCUUCCUCCUUUCUAUGACGCUGCUUUUGCAACAAUCUUACCCAUUUAGCUUUGCUAAUGCAGAAAUUCUAAACGUUACCACCGAUAAAUCUGCUCUUUUUGAAUUGAAAGCUCACAUUUCUUCUAAGGACUCUCAUCAUGUUUUGAUAAGCAACUGGUCCUCCAACACUCAUAUUUGCACUUGGGUCGGUGUUACCUGUGGUUCUAAACAUCUCCGAGUCAAAGCUUUAAACCUUUCCUACAUGGACCUUAUAGGUACCAUUCCUCCGCACAUUGGAAAUCUUUCGUUCCUGGUUAGUCUAAGCAUAGGCAACAACAGUUUUCAUGGUUCAUUGCCUAAUGAGUUGUCUCGUCUUUAUCGGUUGCAAUUCCUAGACUUGAGUUAUAAUGAAUUCAGUGGAGAAAUCCCAGCAUGGAUGGGUUUGUUAAACAAACUUCAAAUAUUGUUUCUUCAUGGUAACAAUUUCGAAGGUAGUAUUCCACAGUCUCUAUCUAACAUAUCAUCAUUGCAGUGGAUUGAUCUUUCAUAUAACCAGCUUUCAGGCUCCAUACCUUCCUCUUUAUUCAAGAUGCCUACCUUGCAACAAAUUGUCCUCCGCUCAAAUAAGCUUUCAGGUCCAAUAACCUCCAUCUUCUUCAAUGCGUCUUCACUACAAUACAUUCACCUCGGUCAUAACAAGUUAUCUGGUGGACUACCGACGUAUAUGUUUGAUCUUCUUCCCAACUUACAAUAUCUUUCUAUCUCCCAGAACCAUUUCUCUGGUGUACUCCCAGAAAUAGGGAACUUAACAAUGCUUAGAGAAUUAAUUCUUUAUGACAACAACUUUGAAGGUACAAUUCCAUCCUCGUUGCUGAAGUGUACACAGCUGCAAUAUUUAGAUAUGUGGAAUAAUAAUUUCACAGGAAGACUAUCCCCAGAAAUAGGGAAUUUAACUAUGCUUACGUACUUAUAUCUUGCCCAGAACAAGUUUGAAGGUGCAAUACCCAGUCAAAUUGGAAAUCUGCAAAAACUAGAGCUAUUCGCUGCUGACAUAAACUAUUUAUCUGGACCGAUUCCGUAUGAGAUCUUCAAUAUCUCAACUUUACAAAAAAUUUCAAUGGUAUCAAAUAAUCUCUCAGGUCACCUUCCAUCAAGUACAGGCAGCCUUUUUGUUCCAAAUAUUCAGAUCCUUACUCUUGGUGAUAAUGAAUUGAGCGGAAGGAUUCCCAACUCUAUUCUCAAUGCUUCACAGCUCAUCAUGUUAGAUUUAAGUCAUAACUCAUUCUCAGGCUCAAUUCCAGAAGCAAUUGGUAAUUUAAGGUUCCUCGAGGUUCUAAAUCUCGUAUCAAAUAAGUUGACAAUUUCGUUUUCAGAACUGAGGAGCCUUUUCUCUUCUUUGUCAAGCUGCAAACAUCUCAGAUUUUUAAGUUUGUCCAAAAAUCACUUGAAUGAUGUCCUUCCUAAUUCAGUUGGGAACCUCUCAACAUCUCUUCAAAGACUUCACCUAUAUUAUUGCAAUAUUAAGGGCAACAUUCCAGAAGAGAUUGGCAAUUUAAGUAGCUUGAUUGAUUUGAGCCUACACCACAAUGAACUGGGAGGACCUGUUCCAACUACAAUUGGAAGAUUGCACAUGCUCCAAGGUUUGGUUCUUUAUGGUAAUAGACUAAAAGGUUCAAUUCCAUAUACGCUCUGCCAUUUAGGAAUCUUGGAUACACUAAAUUUAGGUGGUAAUGAGCUUUAUGGAAACAUUCCAGCAUGCAUAGAUAACAUGACUUCACUACGAACUCUUGACUUGGGUUUCAACCAAUUAACUUCUUCAAUUCCUUUGAGGUUGUGGAGGCUUACAGAUCUCUUGUUGGUUGAUUUAUCAUCAAAUUCUCUUAAUGGUCCUCUACCUUUAGAUAUUGGGAACCUGAAUGUCUUGAGAGCAUUAGAUUUGUCAAAAAACCAAAUAACAGGUCGUAUCCCAGUUACAAUUGGUGGGCUAAAAAAUAUUGUGAAUCUAUCUUUGGCAGUCAAUCGACUAGAUGGCUCAAUUCCUACAUCUGCUGGUGAAUUGGUAAGCUUAGAGGUUUUAGAUCUUUCCUACAAUAACUUAUAUGGAGAGAUUCCCAAGUCCUUAGAAAAACUCUCAAACUUGAAACAUCUAAAUUUGUCAUUCAAUAAACUACAAGGAGAAAUUCCUUCCAGAGGACAGUUUGUACACUUCCCAGCUACAUCUUUCAUGUCAAACAAUGGACUUUGUGGUGAGGCUCAAAUGCAAGUCCCCCCAUGCAAAGGAAAAAAGGCCAUAGGAUUGCAAAUACUGAAAUAUGUCUCAAUUACAGUGGGGUUAGUGGUACUUGGAAUGUGUCUUGUAUUUUUCUCAAUAAAACGCCGUAAGAGGAAUGCUAAAUUGUCACAUGACACAAAUUCAAUGCCUUUAGCAACAUGGAGGAGAAUUUCACAUCAAGAACUUAUUCGAGCAACAGAAGGGUUUAGUGCAAACAACUUACUUGGAGAAGGGAGUUUUGGGUUUGUUUACAAAGGAACACUCUUAGAAGGUACAACUGUUGCUAUAAAAGUUUUAAAUUUGCAAGUGGAGGGGGCAUUCAAAAGCUUUCACAUAGAAUGUGAGGUAUUACGCAAUAUUCGUCACCGGAAUCUUGUCAAAAUCAUUACCGCUUGUUGUAACAUGGACUUCAAAGCUUUGGUAUUAGAAUACAUGCCUAAUGGGAACUUGGAUAUGUGGUUGUACUCUGAAAACCGUUGUUUGAAUAUGUUACAAAGGCUAAGCAUAAUGAUUGAUGUGGCAAGAGCAAUAGAAUACCUUCAUCUUGGUUAUGCAACACCUAUUAUUCAUUGUGAUUUGAAGCCUACCAAUGUCUUAUUAGAUGAAGAUAUGGUUGGACAUGUCGCUGAUUUUGGCAUCGCCAAACUCCUUGGUGAUGGAGUUUCUCUAACACAAACAAUGACUCUCGCUACAAUUGGAUAUAUGGCACCAGAGUAUGGCUCUGAAGGAAUUGUUUCUACAAGGGGAGAUGUGUAUAGUUAUGGCAUUUUAUUGAUGGAAACUUUCACAAGAAAGAAGCCCACAGAUGAUAUGUUUACUGGAGACAUGAGCUUGAAGUGUUUGGUACAAGAAUCAUUAGCCCUUUCUGUACUUGAAGUUGUUGACACCAAUUUGUUAAGCAACCAAAAUGAUUAUCCUGCAAUGGAGGAGUGUUUGCUAUCCACCAUGGGAUUGGCUUUGCAUUGUUGUGCCGACUCGUCUGAACAGAGGAUUGGUAUAGAAAAUGUUUUAGCUACACUCGACAAGAUCAAAUUGAAGUUUCUCAAAGAUAUUACUGGACACUAAUCUUGUGAGAGAAUAAGUGCAAUAUUUGGGAUUCACCUCACCUCCGAGUGGUCACCAACGUUAACCACGAAUGCAUUGGGAAUAGAAUUACAUUGACCCACUGUCCUUUAUGCUGCACCUGAAGGCUGGAGAUCCCAUUAUAUAUAAGGAGGCUCAAGAGGCAGUGAUCAGAAUGAGACGGCAUGCCCAUUGCUACUUCUGGCACUGGACAUGGCGGAUACAAGUUUGCAGCUAGGAUCUAUAAACCUGAUCCCAAAUUCAUGGCCUUUUCCACAAAUCCAUCUUCUAAUCCCAAGCUCACUGAUAUAUUCCUUCCAUCAAAUCUCCAGCUAGUUUUUGGGUUCUUUUGCCGUACUUAGGCCAAUGAGAUCUCUCUGUGGCAAUAAAUACAAGAGCCAAUUGAAAUUAAAUUGACAUGGUUUCACUGAGAUAGAAACUAGGAAGCAUAUUAUCCAAUAUCCAACAAAUAAAACAGAGUUUGAAGCCCGCUCCUUGUUAUUAUAUGGGUAAAUAUUAGUGAUUUAAUUGAAGUAUUUUCAAGUAAGUCUAUAACUAACUGGUUUUCUAUUUUUUACUAGUUAGUUACUUUACUUCUUUUACCUUUACGUUACCUUUACGGCCUUAGCCUUUAGCCUUUUAGAUGUAUAAAAACAGAGACCGAUGUAACUGUAACUCCAUUCAUACUAUACAUAGAAUAAAUUUCUUCUCUCUGUCGAAUAAUUUUACA